UCGGCAGCGAGAACCAGGCAGGGGACGGGGCAGAGUCGCGCUGUCUGGGAGCAGCGGCCGGCGGGGAGCGGAGGUGGCUGGGGAAGGUCUAGAGAAGAACUGUGUUUUGAAAUCUUGCAAUUGAGAUCUCUGAGAAUGAGUUGAGGAAGAAUUCAGGAUCUGGAAGAAAGCACUUGUCCUACAUUAAGGAGGUGUUAACAUUUUCCCAUCAACUCUGCUACAUAAGAGAUCAUAAUUUGAAGCACUUCCCUGGUGCUUGCCCGGAUGAGUGAAGCCUGCAACAUUUAGUAUUUGUGCAGACCACUUCACAACAAGUGAUACAGAGCUAUGUGUUCACAAUAUAAAUUUUACUUUUUGAAGAAAAAAUCUUCUUCUGUGUAGACCCCUCAGAAGCUAUAUUUUACUGUGGACAGGUUUUUCUCGAUGUGAAUCCGGAGAGAUUAAUGUUUUGAAUUGAGGCAUCUAGUACAUAAUGAAAAAAACCCAAACUUUAUUUCUCUAGAUGCAUUGUCUCCUCUGUACUCUGGGAACAUGCACAGCUGUUUAAAUUACAGCUGUAGUCAUGGAAUUGUUACUUUUUGAGCCAUAUGAGAAAUAUUAUUGAGCCUUUGGUACCAAGCAUCGCUUCAUCGCGUAAGCAGUUGAACACGCUACACUCUAAUCAUGAUAAAGCAUCUGAAUGGAAUGAGUCUGAUUGUCUUAUAAAGAGGCUAUUCUUUUACAAGAAGGGUUAACUCAUAUCAUCACCCUGUGGCAGAUGGAUCCUUAUAUCCAGACUUUAAGAUGUUGAAGGUAUAUUGAUGCUUAUGACCAAUCCUAAGGACAAAGGUCUACAAAAUGGCUCAAACGAGUUUGCUGCAAGGGAAGCAGUUUUACUGUAGGGAGUGGGUUUUCCACAAGCUUCAGCACUGCCUUCAGGAAAAAGCUAACUGCAGCAACACUGCUGCCAACAAACCAUCUCUUGUAGCAAAUUCUGGAAAUAAUGCUGGUGUUGUCUCGGGGAAAGGAACUGCCUGGGGUGUGUUGUUGGUAGGAGGGCCUGGUAGUGGGAAGACAGCCCUCAGUACUGAAUUAUUGUGGCCAAGCUCACCUGCAAGCCUACAAAGAGGUUUGCAUCACCAAGCUCUAGCUUUCCACUUCUGCAGGGCUCAAGACUCUGACACACUGUGUGUGGGAGGGUUUAUUAGAGGUUUAGUUACCCAGAUCUGCCGCAGUGGACUCAUCCAGGGAUAUGAAGACAAACUAAGAGAUCCUGCAGUUCAAAGUCUCUUUCAGCCUGGGGAAUGUGAGAGGAAUCCUGCUGAAGCAUUUAAAAGGUGCAUUCUGCUUCCUCUUUUGGGGAUGAAGCCCCCCCAGCAGAGCCUCUUUCUGCUUGUAGAUUCGAUUGAUGAGGGUUGUAACGUUGCAGAAGGUGAACAGACUUCUACAGGCAUAUCUGGAACUAUUGCAGAGCUUUUAGCUGAUCACUACGAGUUCUUCCCUCCAUGGUUGCUCCUCCUCUGCUCUGCUCGCAAGCAGAGUAAAACUGUUACAAAAAUGUUUACAGGUUUUCGAAAAAUAAGCCUAGAUGAUCUCCGAAAGGCAUAUAUCGUGAAAGAUGUGCAGCAGUAUAUUCUCCAUCGUUUAGAUCAAGAAGAAGCACUGAGACAACAUCUCACAAAAGAAACUGCAGAAAUGCUAAACCAGCUUCACAUCAAAAGCAGUGGUUGCUUUUUAUAUCUAGAACGUGUCCUAGAUGGAGUUGUGGAAAAUUUUAUCAUGCUAAGAGAGAUCCGUGACAUUCCUGGAACACUAAAUGGCCUAUAUCUCUGGCUUUGUCAGAGGCUUUUUGUAAGAAAACAGUUUGCAAAGGUCCAGCCCAUUCUGAAUGUAAUUCUUGCAGCUUGUAGGCCAUUGACUACAACAGAAUUAUAUCAUGCAGUGUGGACCAAAAACAUGACAUUGACUAUGGAAGACUUUCAACGCAAACUAGAUGUUCUGUCAAAAGUUCUUGUUGAUGGGCUCGGAAAUACUAAAAUUUUGUUUCAUUACAGUUUUGCAGAAUGGUUGCUGGAUGUAAAGCACUGUACACAGAAAUAUUUAUGUAAUGCAGCAGAGGGACACAGAAUGUUAGCAAUGAGUUACACUUGUCGAGCAAAGGAUUUGACACCAUUAGAGGCCCAAGAAUUUGCAUUGCAUCUAAUUAACUCAAAUUUGCAGUUAGAGACUUCUGAGUUGGCUUUGUGGAUGAUAUGGAAUGGCACACCAGUCAAAGACUCUUUGUCCACUUUAAUCCCAAAAGAGCAGGAAGUAUUACAGCUGCUAGUAAAAGCUGGUGCUCAUGUCAACAGUGAAGAUGACCGUACAUCUUGCAUUGUACGACAAGCUCUGGAAAGAGAAGAUUCCAUUCGGACCCUGUUAGAUAAUGGAGCAUCAGUAAAUCAGUGUGAUUCAAAUGGGAGAACAUUGUUAGCUAAUGCUGCAUAUAGUGGCAAUCUUGAUGUUGUUAACUUACUUGUUUCUAGAGGAGCAGAUUUAGAAAUAGAAGAUACUCAUGGGCAGACAGCACUUACUUUAGCUGCUCGACAAGGACAUACCAAGGUUGUCAAUUGUUUGAUUGGAUGUGGGGCUAAUGUAAAUCACACUGAUCAUGAUGGCUGGACAGCACUACGAUCUGCAGCUUGGGGUGGACACACCGAGGUGGUUUCUGCACUCCUUUAUGCUGGAGUCAAAGUGGAUUGUGCAGAUGCUGACAGUCGAACAGCCUUGAGAGCAGCGGCAUGGGGAGGACAUGAAGAUAUAGUGCUGAAUCUGCUACAACAUGGAGCUGAAGUCAACAAAGCUGAUAAUGAAGGUAGAACGGCUUUGAUUGCAGCAGCAUACAUGGGACAUAAAGAGAUUGUGGAGCACCUCCUUGACCAUGGUGCAGAGGUAAAUCAUGAGGAUGUGGAUGGAAGGACUGCUCUGUCUGUUGCUGCACUUUGUGUACCUGCUAGUAAGGGGCAUGCUUCAGUGGUUAGCCUUUUAAUUGAUCGUGGUGCUGAAGUAGAUCAUUGUGACAAAGAUGGUAUGACUCCACUACUGGUAGCUGCCUACGAAGGGCAUGUAGAUGUAGUUGACUUACUUCUAGAAGGAGGAGCUGAUGUGGAUCACACUGACAAUAAUGGUCGUACACCCCUUCUGGCAGCAGCCUCUAUGGGCCAUGCUUCAGUUGUAAAUACUCUUUUAUUUUGGGGUGCUGCUGUGGACAGCAUUGAUAGUGAAGGACGAACAGUUCUUAGUAUAGCCUCUGCCCAAGGUAAUGUUGAAGUAGUGCGGACUCUGCUGGACAGAGGUCUAGAUGAAAAUCAUAGAGAUGAUGCAGGAUGGACACCUUUGCACAUGGCAGCUUUUGAAGGUCACAGGUUGAUAUGUGAAGCACUUAUAGAACAAGGUGCCAGAACAAAUGAAAUUGAUAAUGAUGGACGUAUACCUUUCAUACUGGCUGCACAAGAAGGUCACUAUGAUUGUGUACAGAUAUUACUGGAAAAUAAAUCUAACAUUGAUCAGAGAGGCUACGAUGGGAGAAAUUCUCUCCGAGUUGCUGCUUUAGAAGGUCAUAGAGAUAUAGUUGAACUACUUUUCAGCCAUGGAGCAGAUGUAAACUACAAAGAUGCUGAUGGCCGGCCAACACUUUACAUCUUGGCAUUAGAAAACCAGCUUACAAUGGCCGAGUAUUUUUUAGAAAAUGGUGCAAACGUAGAAGCAAGCGAUGCAGAAGGACGGACAGCACUCCAUGUUUCCUGCUGGCAGGGCCAUUUGGAGAUGGUGCAGAUACUGAUAACAUACCAUGCUGAUGUGAAUGCUGCAGACAAUGAGAAGCGAUCCGCUUUGCAGUCUGCUGCUUGGCAAGGCCAUGUGAAAGUAGUUCGGCUUUUGAUUGAGCAUGGAGCCUUAGUUGACCACACCUGUAAUCAAGGUGCUACUGCACUCUGCAUUGCAGCACAAGAAGGACACAUUGAUGUUGUGCAGAUAUUACUGGAGCAUGGCGCUGAUCCAAAUCAUGCAGAUCAAUUUGGACGUACUGCUAUGCGUGUUGCAGCAAAAAAUGGACAUUCUCAGAUUAUUAAAUUACUGGAAAAAUAUGGUGCAUCUAGUCUAAAUGGCUGCACUCCAUCACCAGUCCACACAAUGGAGCAAAAACCCUUGCAGUCAGUCUCUUCAAAACUGCAGUCAUUAACAAUAAAAUCAAAUAGUUCAGGGAGCACUGGUGGAGGAGAUAUGCAGCCUACUAUGCGUGGUUUGUCUAAUGGGCCUGCUCAUGCUUUUAGUUCUCCCUCAGAAUCUCCAGAUUCUACAGUGGACCGCCAGAAGUCGUCUUUAUCAAACAACUCUCUGAAAAGUUCCAAAAACUCUUCUCUGUGUACUACGUCAUCUACAGCAACUGCCCAGACAGUGCCUAUUGAUAGUUUCCAUACUAUGUCAUUUACCGAACAAAUACAGCAGCAUUCACUGCCUCGCAGCAGAAGCAGGCAGUCCAUUGUUUCUCCUUCUUCCACAACUCAUUCCUUAAGUCAGAAUCAUAAUUCACCAAGUAGUGAAUUUGAAUGGGGCCAAGUAAAACCUAGUUUGAAAUCAACUAAAGCAAACAAAGGGGGGAAAACAGAAAACUCCAGCAAAUCUGGAUCUGCUGGGAAAAAAAUCAAGCAGAGCAGCUCCUCUCAACCACAAGUUUUAGAAUAUGAAAUGACUCAGUUUGAUAAACGAAUACCUGUUGCCAAAUCUGGAACCAGUGUGCCACUUAAAUCAAUGCCAGCAGAGCCACAGUGCAAAAUUUUGGUCCCUCCAUCUCAGCAAGAAGUUUGUCGACCUCAGCAACAGUUCCUAAUUCACCAACAGAGUGGGGAACAGAAGAAGCGAAAUGGAAUAAUGACAAACCCAAAUUAUCAUCUUCAGAGCAAUCAGGUUUUUCUUGGUAGGGUUUCCGUCCCACGAACAGGACAGGAGAGAGGACUUCAGGAAGUUUUGGAAGGCUAUCCUCCUGCAGAGACAGAACUAAGCCUUAAGCAAGCCUUAAAACUUCAGCUUGAGGGAGCUGACCCAAGCUUCAACUACAAGAAGGAAACACCACUGUAAUAGGCCAAUUCCAUGAUGCUAUGAACAGAAGAGUUUCUGCCUGGAAUGGUUUAAUCAGCUGCCAAGGAUGAAAGCAUAUAAUGCUUGGUAGUCCAUCUAGAAAACUAAGAAUGUGAUUACUGCAGUACAAUUACCUUAAUUACUGUAAUGUGCCUAAAUUUUAAGGCUGCCUUCUCAGUGUAACUCUCUGCGCUUCAGAAGUUUAUUUUGUGUAUUUUGUACAUAAUACACAGAAUAAGCACUUUUUUCUUAAUUGCAGAAUAUAUGCUGUGUUUCCCUGACAACAUCUGAAAAAUUGUAAGAGGAAGGAUUUUUGAUAUCCUAUUCCAAAAGGCUUGAUAAAUGUGCAUGUGCCACAAUGAACUAUGUAUGGGAGGAUGGUGCUUUUUGUAUUUAUUUUAUUUUCCUGUGGCAAAAGAAAUUAAACAUUCAGUUUAUACCCUAUUUGCAUUGCUGUAAUGUAUGGUCAUUUUCCUGUGUAUUUCAAAAGUUCUCUCAAGAAAAACAAAUCUGGUAAUAGUAUUUGAUGAAUUUACAGUACUUGUAUGUUCUGUCUGUAAAGCUACUCCGUUCAAUGGUAGAGAUGCAAGAUUAUAACCAUACACCACACCUCUGGGAUUUUUUUGUAAUAAAAUCUAAUUUCUACAAUUAGCUUGAUAUCUGGAUGUACAGACUGGCUACCACUGAAAACGAUAGGAGCUAUGCAUGUGCAUCCACGGGCAAAACUUAGCCCAUACUAAAUAGUCUAGUAUGAUUAAAAAAAAAAAAUCAAUAUUAGGUGCUUAAAUACAAUGUGCUAAAAUGUAAGGCCUGAUUC